GCCAUUGGCCUGCGAGGCAGAGCGUGGUUGAAGGGCCUGUACGCGCUCUUCAGUCUGUUCGAGUUGGCUUUGGAGAUCCUUGACGCGCUGCUCGAGCUGUUGACGAGUCGAGUCGGCGGUCGCAGACUUGAGUUCAGCACUGUUGCGAGCGGCGAUAAGAUCGUCGAUCCUUCGCUGCGCUUCGGUGCGCUCGUAAUCCCGCAUUUGGAUAACCUUUUUAUGUUCUGCAAUCUCAUCCUCCAAUUUUCGUUCGGCAGUCUGUAG